AUGGCUACAACUGAAGGUGGCAAAGCAAUCCCUGCGCAACUCAAGGUCUGGCACAAGGCGGUAGAUUUGAACCCCGUGGCUGGAAAAACCACUCUCGACGACGAUGUGGCUGUCACGCGGGAUCUUUCUGUGUGUGCCCACGGUAUGCGAAGCCUUACGUGGGAGGCACUCACGCCGUCGGCUUCCUGUUUCCUCCAAUGCAUCAUUCAUGUCGGCGGGCUUCUAGAGCUCGGCCUUUGGAAGUUUGCUGAGAAUAGUGCCAAUGAUUUCUGGAGAGGCAACGGCAUUGACAAGAUGGUCGUGAGUGCCUAUUCCGACCAUGACGUCGUCAGGUGUUACUGCUUCUACCCUGCAAAGAAGAAUGACCUCAAGGAGGAUGGGUGGAACAUGGCAACAACAGGAGAGAAUCUGGCGGCAGCCUUUGCUGAACUGGUCUGA